CUGAUAUAAAACCUGGAAACUUAUCAUUGCCACAAAGCCGCCUCACACACUUACCCGAACCACUGGCUAAAUUUUACCGCUGCUCUUCUUUGCCUUGCCUAAUUAUUCCCUAUUGCCAUGGCCGACUCGACACCCGCAACAGAACUUCAGCGCAUGCUGCGUCGUGACUCGCCUGGCCGCAAUGACACCACUAAUGAUAUGCCAUCAUCCGCUGCCUCCAAAGUUGCCUCCGACGUUCUCUCCGACGUUGGACUUCUCGUUUCGAUUCCAAAAACAGUCCAGGCUGGUGUUGCUCUACCAAUCGUAGUUGAAUUGGGUUGCUAUGGUUUGGACCGCCGAGAUCUCCGCGCCAUAGCAACACUACUUAGCUACACCGGUGAGGGCAAGCUUGACGGAAACACAGUUGAGACUGGGCAACGUGUCUCACCCAUCAAGAUGAAGUUUUGCUUUACUCUGACUAUUACAAAUCCUGGCACUUACUGUGUUAGGAUACGUCUGGAGGAAACGCUAUUUGGCAGCAGCUAUGGGCAAAUUGACAGUGAAGAUAUCACUGUUACUAAAGUCCAAAAUUCAAGGCUGAGAGACUCUAAUGCGACAUUAGAUGAUGGGCUUGCUUCAGACGUGGAGGAAACAACCGAGACAAAUAGGAUGGUGAAUAUAGUGAAUGAUAGUAACCUUCAACCCGUAUCUACGCCUGACGAAACGGCUGAGAAAGAGGGCUUGUCUCCUCCCCCACCCCGCAAGGAACCUAGAUCCAUGACUCAAAUUCCGAGUGCGAUUUACUCUAGACAAAGUCUUGACAUACUGCAAAGGUUAUGGGGUGCACGACUAUGCGCGGGAAUGAAAGAUGAGGCUGUGCAAGGUGCUUUCAAAAAGGUCCAUGGCCAGAUGCCUCCUAAACAUCACGAACUGCUAUGCCGCGUCGCAUGGCUAUUUCAAGCUAACAAAAUGAAGAUUCUGUCACCCCCAUGGGAGGCGUUUUACAAAUUUGCUUUUGGGCAAGGUUCCGAGAUUGAGAAAGGCUGUGUCUUUGGCCAAUUGACAGAAAAUUGGAAUUCUAUAUCAAACGGCAGGAGAACCAAGGAAAAGAUCACUACUGAUUGGCAAUACAUGUUUUUUGCAACUGGUGAAUUUCUCAAGGAAAGACUACGGGAAAUUGGUUACCGUUUAUGCAUUUGCGGUGAUUCGCAGCCUCAUUCUGCUCCCCAGAAAUUUCUCUCCGAUUCAGAGGAGAACAGGGUUGAAGAAAGGAUAAAGCAAGCCGUCUUUGCUUGUACAGCUUUGAUAGUUUUUGAUUCUAGAAUCAAGGAUGGCGAAACCUCACAACAUACAUGCAAGGACUCUCACAAAGCUGUCCGCAAAGCUAUACGAGGUUUUGAGGAUGCUAAAGGGCUCUCAAAUGAAAUUCAGGACGAUUUAAGAAACAUCAAUGCAUACCUGAACAGCUGUGGUGUUAGUUCAUUAGAUUUAGAGGCGUCGAAGAUCUCGGACUGACUGAAUAAUUCUUCGGAGUCAUUUAUGGAGAAGCUUUGUAUAUGAACUUCGGGAAGUUUGCAAAUUAGAGCGUGCCGCCAGCUCAUUGCCAACUAUGCAAAGGAACCCAAGGGCGUGAGAACGACAAAGACGGAAUUGACAAUUAGCGCAAAUAGCCAC